GACAGGGCUUCUACUAGAUUUAGAUUGAAAUUCGUCUGUUAUAUUUUUCUUUUGUAUACCUCCACAGCAUCCAGGUAAAUUUGCUUCUUUUUGGAACAAGUAUAGGAAAUUGGGAAUAAAAUGUCCUUCAAAGCCUUACUCGUUCUUCUGCUCAGCAUAUAUAUUCACUGCGUGGGGUCCCUGCGCUGCGUGCCGUGCGGGGGGAAGGACCGCUGCCCCCCGGACCCGCCAGUCUGCAUCAACGGGCUCGUGUCAGACGUGUGCGAGUGCUGCAUGGUGUGCGGCAAGGGUGAAGGCGAUGUGUGCGGAGGUCUGUGGAAUAUGAGGGGGAAAUGUGGCGAUGGCCUUGUGUGUGUGAAGCCCCAAAGUUACCCUGAACAGGCUUCUUACCCCGAAGGUAAAUGUAGAUCUCAUCCCACGAAACGUCCUCUUAUACAAGAAGACGAGAUUGGAAACGUGACCACCACAACCGAAACUCCAAUCGCCACCACCACAACCACCACCACCACAACGACCGUUAAAAUCGAAACCACGCCCACUCGCGAAGAUCCAGAUUUGAAUUUAGAUCUUCUUAAUGCUCUGACCUACCGACAAUGGGUGCGGCAGCGAUUGAGGAAUUGAUGGUUACAAAUAAACAUGGAGAUUUUGUACAAAAUUGAUGUUUUCCGCAGAAUUAUAAUGAGCCAUUUUGCCUAAAGAUUGGCGUUGGGACGAUAAUCUCAACGAAUUCUGGGGUGAUACUCUCGAAAAGAGCUCCGAAGUCGUAUACAUAUCUCCAGGGCCAAUGAAUUUUAGCCCAUGCUUGUGAAUUUCUGAAUUCGUGAUUAUUGAUGAAUGAUCAUCGCGGAUAUUAAUAUCACCGUCAAUUUUUUUGAGAAUGUUUCCCCAGAUGAACGAUUGAGAGUCUGCAUCACUGAAAUAUUUUUCAGCAUUUUUGUACAAAAGUUCAUGUUUAUUUUGCUUGAUUCGUAUUCAACAAAAUGAUGAAUGAUGUCUGGUUUUCUUGUACAGAAACUAAAAGUGACAAACCUUUAUGACCUUAAAACCGGUUUUCUAGACAUUGAGUGUUUUCAAUUAUUGUUUAUCUCCUUGAAAACAUGAAUAGUUUUCAUGCACGUAAAGAGACAGAAUAAUUUAUACUGUGAAAAUCAACCUAUAAGUGUACAUAUUUUCAUUGUAAAUAGAAUUUAUUCACUAUCAUUAGAUUCUAAUUAUACUUCUAUCAUUAAUCUGAAUCAUUUCGAUAUCAGUGAGACACUGAUUAUGUUGAAAAUAAAUAACAAAUAGCGAGAUUGUGGCAAUAUUUAUCGCUGAAAAAAAAAAUACGUAGACUGUCACAAAAAUUCGAA